AUGAAUUCUAAGUAUAUUCUUUUGAGUAUUGCUUUAUUUAUGAAUCUUUACUUAGCUUAAAAUGUUUCUAUUGAAAAACUCCUAGCUUACAAUAAGUGGUCAAGUUAAAAUUUAAGAACCUUCUUGAACGAUGAAGAAAAGCUAUUUAGACAAUUAGUCUUCUUUGAAAACUUACAAAAGGUCUAAGAUCACAAUAGCCAAGACAACCACACUUACUUCCUUGAGUUAAACUAAUUUUCUGAUAUGACUCAAUAGGAGUUUGUAGAGAAAGUUCUAAUGAAAUCUGAUUUGGUCGAUCUUCACAUUUAAUAAACUACCAGUAAUAACUCAACUUCUUCUGCUACUGAAGUAUCUAAUUCUACAAGUAAUAAUGCAGCAGAUAAUGUAGACUGGAGAACUAAAGGUGCUGUAACUUCAGUUAAAAACUAAGGUUAAUGUGGCUCUUGCUGGGCAUUCUCUGCUGCUGGUUUAAUGGAAUCUUUUAAUUUCAUUAAGAAUAAAAAUUUAGUCAAUUUUUCUGAAUAGUAACUUGUCGAUUGCAUGAACUUUGAAAAUGGUUACUCUUCUAAUGGAUGUAAUGGAGGAUGGCCUGAAUCAUGCUUAGAUUAUUCUUCAAAGUUCGGUAUCACCACAUUAUAAAACUAUCCAUAUGUGGGUGUUUAAAAGAAGUGUAACAUUACUGGAACUAACAAUGGUUUUAAACCUUAAUCUUGGAAGAAAAUUCCUAAUACUUCUAAGGAUUUAUAAAUUGCUUUAAAUAGCUCACCAGUUUCUGUUCUUGUUGAUGCUUCUACUUGGAGUCACUAUAAAUCUGGUGUCUACAAUGGAUGCGACUAAACCAAAAUUUGGCUUAAUCAUGCUGUAUUAGCUGUUGGUUACGAUUCUGUUGGUAACUGGAUUGUUAAAAACUCUUGGGGAACUAGUUGGGGUGAGGAAGGUUAUAUUAGAAUUUCUCCUAAUAAUACUUGUGGUAUUCUAAAGUUUAAUUAUCAAAUUACAGCUUGA